UUCUUUACGUUCUCUCGAGCCCACUGGGCCUGCGGCGCCAUGGCUUCCAAUUACUCCUACAACCCUACAUACAAUCACAGCAACGCCUCCAACAUCCACCAGGCCUCCCCCUACGGCUCGGGUGACCCAUACUACAAUGAGUCUACCGGCUUCAUCACCCCUGCCAAGCCCAAGAAGGGCACCAGCAAGUGGGUGAAGAUAGGUAUCCCCGUUGCCAUCCUUGUCAUUGCCGCCGCCGUUGUUGGUGUCGUCCUCGGCAUUCGUGCCCACAACAAGUCAUCCUCGGCGUCGAGCAAGUCAGGAAGCUCCGGCUCCAACUCUGCAUCCGGGGCGCAGAAUGAUAUUGGCAUCUUCGCCACUGGGACGGAUAGCCUGUACAUGCUUCCGCUAUACCCCUCCACGACGAACACGGCGCUCUACACUACCCCGACGUUUAAUGCCGCCAGCAAAGCAAAAGCUACAUGGCCCUCCGAUCCCUUCCAGCCAGCGAGCCCGUCUGCUACUCAGGUCCGGACCGAUCGCCCUCGCCUCAUCGCCCCCGCGUACAAGUGGGCGGCACUCCCAAACAUGAUUGCCAACGACCCUUACCUCAAAUCUUGGAACGAUACCAUCUUCAGCAAUGCGUCCACGUACUAUGACCUUCCUGUCGUCCAGUACUUCAUGGAUGGCGACAGUGGUAUCCUCGACAACGCGCGUGAGGUGAAGAUGAGGGUCAAGGCCUUCUCCUACGUCUACCGCCUGACGAAUGACACCAAGUGGGUUGACCGUGCAUUCAAGGAGCUCCAGAAUGCUGCCGGAAACGGCACCACGCCUUUUGGCCCCGACGGGACAGACAAGUGGAACCCCACCCACUUCCUCGAUACCGCUGAGUUCAGCGCUGCAUUCGGUUACGCGUACGACUGGCUCUACGACAUUCUCACCGACGAGCAGAAGAGCCAGAUCCGGACGUCCCUUAUCUACUACGGCCUCGGUCGGGGACUUGUCGCGUACAACAACACCGACCUCCGUUAUACGGGCUGGUGGUCGCAGAACAUCUACGGUAAUUGGAACUGCGUUUGCAACAGUGGUCUCACCAUCGGUGCGCUAGCAAUCCUCGGCGACGAUGACACUGGUACAGCCGAGCAGAUCCUCGCUCUCACUGUCGACAAUGCGAAUCAAAACUGUGCAUUGGCCGUUUCUCCCGAUGGCAGCUGGUCCGAGACAGCGAACUACUGGUACUUCGGUACCACUGGGCACGCUGAGAUGGCGGCUAGCCUUAAGACCGCGACCGGCUCUGACUACGGCCUUCUCGACGUCAACCCCAGCUUCUCCCUCACCGGUCUCUUCCACAUGUACAUCACUGGUCCUGGUUCGCUGUUCGCCUGGGGUGACCACGGCCCGAACAAGUUCUCGACCACUGCGAACGCCAUGUUCCUCUACGGUGACCAUUACAAUCACCCCGAAUACGUCCUGUUCCAGCGAGAUCAGCACGACGCUGCCGAGCCUUGGAGCAUGUUCUGGUACGAUUCGACUGUCUCCGGCGCGUUUUGGGAUGGUCUUGCCCUCGACCACUUCUUUACCAACAACACCGACCAGUGGGCAUCGAUGCGCUCGUCGUGGACCGACGAGAACGCGUUGUACGUCGGUAUCAAGGCUGGCACACUCCAGGGCCACCAGACGCAUAAUGACCUUGACGCGGGUGAUUUUGUCCUCGACGCGAUGGGCACGCGCUGGGCGGGCGAGCUCGGUUCCGGUGACUACCGCUCGACGGGCUACUUCAGCAAUGACACCCAGGAGAGCAACCGUUGGUUGUACUACCGCAAACGUACCGAGGGUCAGAACACGAUCCUCGUCAACCAGGCGAACCAGCUGGUCACGGCUCAGCCUGUCAUCCUGCAGAACGCGAGCUCGGGCACCGUUCAGGGCUCGAGCACCGUACUCAAUCUCCAGAAGGACGACACUGCGCUCUUCACUGCCGACCUUACGUCCGCCUACGACAGUGUGACCUCGUUCAAGCGAGGUGUUCGUCUCCUGAACGGCCGCAAGCAGGUGCUCCUCCAAGACGACAUCAACGCGUCUGGCACCAUCAUGUGGCGCAUGCACACGAACGCGACGGUGUCCGUCUCCGGCACGAGCGCGACGCUGAAGAUCGACGACAAGACUCUCAUCAUGUCGAUCCUGAAUCCCCCAGACGGUGUCACCAUCACCACUGGGCCUGCGAAACGCUUCGACAACGACCCGCCGCUGCCGGCGGGCAUGACGGACCAGGACAACCCGACGGUGACUGUGGUCAUGAUCAACCUCCCGGCCGGGACGUACAGCUUGCAGGUGUUGUUCAACCCUCAGUGGGAUGGGAUGUCGUCGAGCGACUUUGUGACCCCGCCGUCGGUCCCCAUUGACCAGUGGACGCUGACGAGCCACAACUGAUCGAUGGGGUGCAGCUAUAUUGUUGUGUUGUCGGCGAGGGCUAUCAUCAGUGAUGGACUGUUCCGUACUCGUUACUUGUAUCUCUGUCUCGAUUUGAAUGCUCUUUGCUUUGGACCCCUGUUGAGUAGGGGUGUUUACUAGUCUGGUAAUGGAAGGAGGUGAUAAUUG